AUGGAAUUUAGCUUGGCAAGGAAGAGUUUAACCCCUGCUGGACAUGUGUCAUCUUCUGAUCUGAUUGGACAAGCUAGAACUGAUGGCAAUGGGCCCCAGUUGUCAAGUUGUGUUGAAGCGAGUACUUUAACUGUAAACCCGAUUCGGCUAUUGUUUAAAGGGUUUUGUAAGCUAAAAUUGAAGAGAAAGGCUUUUGUGUAUAUGGGUUUGAUCAUGUGGAAAUGCUGUUUGCUCAAUGUGAUUACUUUGAUUGAUAUGUUUGGUAAAGUUAAGGAUUUGGGUUUGGGGUAUAGGCUUUUUAGGAAAAUGGUGGGUGAUGGGGUGUCCCUAAAUUUGGUUGCUUUUACUUCGUUGAUUAAUGAUUAUUGUUUUAAGGCUGGAAAUUUGGAGGUUGCGCUCAAGUUGCUUGAGAAAAUGAGGGAAUGUUCACUUCUGCCGAAAGUGGUUACUUAUACUGCUUUAAUUGAUGGCCUUUGCAAACGAGGCGAGUGCUUGUUGUAUAAAAUGUUGGGGGUUGGAGUUCAUCCUAAUACAUCGAUAGUAAUUGUAGAUGGUUACUUUAAGAAAGGCAACGUGGAUAAUGCAGUGAUGUAUAUAAGUAAAAUGCGUGAUCAAGGGUUUAGGUUUGAAGCAGCAUACGGGGUGGUAAUUUCCGGCUUUUUUUCUAACAGUAGGUUAGAUAAAGUGAUGGAGAUUGUGGAAGAUAUGGUAAGGAGUGGACAUUUUCCAGAUAAGAUGAUGUUUGCAACUAUUAUGGAUGCACAUUUUAAAGCUGGGAAAUUGAAAGCGGCUUCGAAUGUGUACAAAGAAUUAUUGGCUAGAGGUUUUGAACCUGAUAUUGUAUCUCUUUCAACCCUGAUGGAUGGCCUAUCCAAUCAUGGGCAUUUGCAGGAGGCUUGAGGAUUUUUUUGCCAGGAAAAGGCCAAUGAAAUUUUUUACACUGUUCUAAUCGAUGGAAUGUGCAAGGAAUAAGUUGAAAGGGUCUUUACAGAGGUGUUAGAGGCAGGAUUUGUUCCUGACAAGUAUGUGGACACAUCUUGGAUCGCUGGACUGUGCAAGCAAGGAAAAUUGCUGGAGGCUUUUAAACUUGAGAAUAAAAUGGUUCGGGAGGGUGUUGAACCUGAUUUGUUAACUCAUAGGUAUAACUCUCUCAUAUUUGGUUUAGCUAAUAAGGGGCUCAUGAUUGAAGCAGAACAAGUUUUUGAUGAUAUGUUGAAAAGGGGAAUUAAUCCUGACUCUGCAGUUUAUGAUAUUCUGAUUAGGGGCUAUCUUAUUUUAAAGGAGGGUAAUGAAGUUGCCAUUUCGGGUUUGCAUGACAAAAUGGGAAAGAGAGGACUUGUAAAUACAGGAAGUAAACUAGAGGGACAUAAUAAAUUUUGAAUUAGUAUACAACUUACUUGGUAUUUACCAGUUCUCUCAUGGAGGUCUGCAUAUACUUUGUGACCUUGUACAAGCUUUGUUGCUAAUGUACAUAUAAUUAGGUAAAAAUUAGAGGUCAUGCUUCUCAUUCUUGUAUAUCUCACUGUCGGAGGCAAACUUCAUAGUCAUCUAAUGUACUUUUUUUGUGUCCUCCCGGGGGGGAGCUAGGCAGUGGUUUCAUUAGAAUACAGAAAUGCCUUCCACUAUGUUGUCUUGCUAUUUAAGAUUGGAAUAUACUGGAAAAGUAAGGAAAAAUGGUACCAUUUGGCAUCAAUAUGUAUGUGUGUGUAUAUAUAUAUAUAUAGUUGUUAGGUGCUAACGUGAGCGAUGAUUCAUUUUGAAAAGCCAUUUAUUCAGGAUCAAAGGAAAAGUUGGUGCUCCUGAUUCCUUUAUCUCUAAGUAUAUGCUUAUGGAAAAUAUUUGAAAAGCCAUUUGAGAGUGCUUCUUUGUUUUUGGCAUAGGUUUUAUUUGUUUAUUUGUUUUUUGGUAGGUAAAUGGUGGCAUAGGUUUUAUGAACUCAAAUGUGCUUAAAGAUCCCAGUAAAAUAUUAAGAGUGUUGCCAUUGCAAUUUGCACGUCUCUUUUCUGCUGAGCAUUUGGCCUUUGAUAUGGCCUUCCUGAACCUUUCUAUGGUACUCACAAAUUUAAGUUAUUAUGAAGUUUUGUACCUUUUGGUCUUGUACCUUGACUUCUUUUAUGAACUGAUGUAUUUGUCGAUCUUUUCUUGCUACUUUUUUGGGCUAAGAUUUUUCUAGGUUUGGUAGUGUUGCAGUAUAUGCCUCUUCUGUAAGUUGAAUUUGUACAGAUAAACAUUAUUGAAGGCCUGUGGAAAUUUGAGAAGGCUAUAUAUAGUUAUUUUUGCAUGCUUGUUAUGAAGCACAGGCUAUGCAUGUGAGCUUUGUCCAGAAUAAUUUUACAUUUAUGUUAGUAUAUCUCCUUCUGUUUCUUAUCAAAAAAAGUAUAUAUCCUUCUGUUUUGAAAUUUAAAAAUAAAAAUAAAAAUAAAAUAGAAGAAAAAAGCUUCACCUUUCUGUGCCAGUUACAAGAUUACACAACAGAAGUAUUUCCUUGCUAAAAUGUCUUGAAUGUCCAGACAUUUCUGAUUUUGUCUAGCAAAUAUAGUUAAUUUGGCCUUUAGAUACCUUGCUUUCCAAAUGACUUGUGGUAUAAAGCUAGGGUGUUAAGCUCUUCUAAGUACGAUUUUUUUUUUUUGGGUGAUACUUUAAUUAGCAUUUUGGUUGCAUGUAUAUAGCCCAAUAUUAUUUUUCAUCAGCCACUAAUUUUCUUCAGUAACAGAAUAUAUACUUGUCCUUGAGCAAUAAAUAUAAUGAAAUUCAAAUUAUUAAUUUUUCUCAGAUAUAUUCUUUAGUAACAAAAUUGUU